AUGGUGAGAAAGGUUAAAGAUGGCACGAAAAUUAAAUUCUGGGGAGCUGAGGGACAAAAAUUGGCAUUAGGGAGACGAAUCAUGUACCAAUGUUUCCCCUGAUAAGCCCUUAACAGCUGUAGCCAUUCCUCAAGUUUGCUGGCUUCUCCUGAUCUCCUCUAUUAUGUCAAGAAACAUUUUUUUUGGUGCUUUCUGUUGUGAACAUAGUAGGUACGCACCACAUCUCCUCACCAAAUUCUCCACAUUUUUCAUCCUAUCUAAAAUUGUUAACCCUUUGUAUUCCGUGAAAGAUUGAUGACCUGUAGACAUUCUAAUUAUGUAGUUAGAUAGAAAAUAUAAGUUGUUCAUUUGUCACAUGUGGAAGCAAGUUUUCAUGCCAAAGAAUUAGACGGAAGGGAAAGAAAAUAUAGCUGCACUUUGGAGGAUAGCUCCUUGACAGAUCUUGUAUGCCUUUAACGACUGAUAGGGGUCAAAUUGAAGCUGAAGCGAGAAUAGUUAAUUCCUACGAAGGGUUAAAUUUUGGUGCAGACUGGCUGCAAUCUCCUGCCUGAUUUUAAGAAAAAGCACCUUCUGUUCUAUCUGUACUGAUUUUUUUCUUUCCUGAAACCAGUUAAUUCUUCAGCCCUGAAGUGACAUUUUGUCCAAUAUUCCAGGUUCUGCCAGGAGGUCAGGGGCUUGUGCCUUAUUCACAUAUAGAUGCCAACAUUUCUGGGUUGGCAUCAUGCGGGGCCUCUGGAACGUAUCCCUAGGGAGGAAGAGUACAGAAACCCCAGUAGGAAGGAAGCUGGACUCUAAAGGAUGUCAUUUCAAGUUAUAAACGAUAUAAAGGCCCAGAAACUGUAGCAUAGACGGGCACAUCCAAAAAUUGGAAGCCUUGCCAUUGCAUGUCAGGCGUUGACAGUUGGGAGUGCAGGGCCUGAGAUAUUGCCAACUAUGUAAACUCAGCCAAAACUGCAAUCCUUUUUGGAAGUUGUUAAAACUGUCACCAUCUAACUCUAGAUUUAACUACGUUCUCAAGGCAAGAAGGCCAGUAAAACUUUAACCGAAGCAUUCAUUUAGACGUUCGAAAAACAAUGGUAAUAGCAAAAGAAGAAACCCCAUAUCUACACGCAGUUUAGUAACUUUGUGUUAUCAGAUACUUGAUCUGACAAUCAUCUUUUCUCGAUGCAUUGAUUUCAAAAUUUGUCAACUUUUGUCUAUUGGACAUAAAUGGUUAACUCAAAUUUGAUGAUACUGCAGGAAGGUGGUAAGGAUGAGUCUCAGGAUGACGUAGAGGCGAAGCCUCUCUUAGAUGGUAUGCCCCAGCCCCAGACUUCAACAUCAAGCAUUAGGUUCAGUGUGAUUCUUAUCAAUCUUGUUAAAUUUAUCAUCCUCUGCAGUUCCCACGCGUCAUACUGCAGGUUUUGUGGACAGGGGAACCGAGAAACCCCAGUGGAAAAUUAAGUAAGUGUAUCUUACUGUUUCAUAGUACUUAUUAUCAUGCCUUUGUUGAAAUUCUUCCUUAUGACUCUUUGUGUAUAUCAGGUCAGUUGUGACUGUUGCCCUAACAUUGCUCACAAGUUCUCAAGCAAUACUGAUUGUGUGGUCUAAAAGAGCUGGGAAAUAUGAGUAUAGCGUCACAACUGCAAAUUUUUUGGUUAGUUGCUACUGAAUGAACUCUACUGGGGAUUAUUUAUUGCUUUCUUCAAGUUGAUAGUAUAAGUCGAAAGAAACUAAAAAUAUACCAUUCUAUUGGAGAACAAAAAAUCUGAGCCAACAGGCAUUAAGUCGGAGUGCUUAUUCCGACUGUUUAAGUUUGUGAUACUAUUGUCUUAAUUCGGGAACGAUUAUUACCGGUGACUGAUUUGAACUUUACAACCAACCAUACAUCCAUGUAUUUGUGUGCCACACUCCUGUACACAUUGAUGAUAUACAUUUGUGCCCUUAUUUUUUUAUUUUAUCCACUGAGCCCUAGAAAAAAAUUGUUAUCUGCAAGCCUACCAAGAUUUAGUUUUCUGAUUGCGUCAGUUCUCUGAAAAUUAUUUCUACAAUGUUGUUAGGUGGAGGCUCUCAAAUGUGCAUUAUCACUUGCUGCCCUCUGGAGAAUCUGGGGAACUGAAGGUGUCACUGAUAAUAACAAGUGAGCCUUGAUUUGAGAACCUGUCUUCUUGAUUAAUCCAAGUCUAUCUUUUCUUUCUGCUUUCUUUUUUUCCUUUGCAUUUGCAAGAAAUUUCCUGAUGUUGAUGUCCUCAAUUUCAUUCUCUUAAUCUGCACCAUCAGGUAGUGCUUUUAGUUUUAAAUAUGAAAACUCACAGGAUUUCUGUGUCUAACAUAAGAGGAGAUGAGAAGUUGCAAUGGGACGUAAGCGAAAUAUUUGAGUGAUUUUAUGCAUCCGAAAAUCAACCCAAAUUAUCUCUGGCUGUAAUAACUCGUGUAUUUUAUGGCGCUGCCACAAAUGGAUAAUCCUAAAAGGGGGUUCCAAUGGAUAGUCAUCUUGCAUAAUUGAGUACCUCUAUCUGCUGUUGCAAUACUAUUCUGGAACACGAGUAGCAAAGCGUAGGGAUAAAAAAAUAUAUUUUAUGCUGAUAAGAAACGUAUUAUAUUGAGAGGGGAAACUGCAGCUUAUUCUAGUUUGAAGGUUAGGUCUUCUUUAGUUCUAUCAGUUUGUGCUUUCUUGUUUCUUGGUAGCUUUUUAUUUUUAUUUGUCCCCUUGGUAGUUGUUUAUUUAUGUAAUUACUUAUGGAGGGAAUCAAGGAGCGGUACCUCCUUGUGAUGAAUAUAUUUUUAGAAGGAGAGUUGUACCAUUAAGAGAAGCGAUGAUAUUAAACUUUGAUGGAUUCUUGGAUUUUUCUCAUCAAGAAAAUUUGAUGAACUUUAACAUUAAUUUCAUUGCAAAUAAUUGGUAGGAUGACACAUUGAUGUAGUCAUCACAAGAGCCACAAAGGAUUCUCUAAAUUCAUUUGGUUUUAGUGUUAAGGAGGAAUCAACUCAUGAAGGCCUUUAUUUUGCUACUGAAGAAAGGAGGUGUUUUAUUGCAUGAAAAUAUAGAAGGGUAGGAUUAGUGGGAAUCUAGUGGCUUAUUCUUAUUUAGGUUUCUGGUGGAAAGGGAUUGCUCAUUUUAUUUUUAACUCAGAUAUCUAAAAAAGAGCUCUUGUUCCAUUCAAAUCAAGCCAAAGUGAAGCUACAAGUGAUAUCUUUAUGUUCAGAAAAGGCUAAUAGUGGCGUUUCCCCUCACUUAGGUGAGUUAUGUCGUUCCUCACUUUCCCUCACUUGCCUGAUUGAGGUUUGUAGCAUCUUUGAGCAUGAUGUCGGCAGACCAAUGAUGGAAGAAGGAAAUGGAGGUUGGGAGCAGAGGGGGGUGGGGUUUGGGGGAAGGCAAUUUCUUUAAGCAAUGUCAAUGUCAUUGGAGGUAAACAAUAAGGUGAGUGAUAGCACCAUUAGUUAAUAGGAUGAGGGUACAGUUUGCUUAUUUAUGUGAUGAUAGCAUUAUUAGUUAGCAUAGACCUCUUAAAACAAAUAUUGAGCCAUCUGAUGACGCUCUUCAUCCUUGGUUGCUGCAUCUCCAUUUAGAAGGAGAUGAAGGCCUGUAGUCACUCGCUCUCAUAGGUGAUGUAGCUCAAAUAGUGUAGUUGUUGAAGAUCUUGGGACAGAAAGAGACUCUUAUCAUGUCAAAAUAAUUUUUAAAAAAUUCCACGUAAUCCUAAGUUUUCGUACUAGGGUAACAAGAAUAUGUGCAAAUUGAUCAACGGGGUUUUGGAAUAAAUGUGUCAAGAAGAUUCCAGGGUCUGGUCGUGAUGUAAAUUAUGUGUCUAGUCUAGAACCUUCUGGGGGUCUGUUAUAAAUACCAGACCUCACACACUUUGUAAGAAAAUUUCUUUUCGAAUAAGAGAAUACAUUUUCUCCACGGGCACUGGGGUCAUCUUUCAGCGCACCGAACUUGAUUCUAUCAUCAAUACAAUGUUUAUCCUGACAUAGCUUAUGUCAAUGGAAUAGAUAAACAUUAUUCAGUUCCACAAACAAUCACGCUUUUAGGUAUGAUUUCAUCUUUGAUCUAUUAUGUUAGAUCUAUUUUAGCUUAAAAGAAUGAUAUUUUUUUGAUGUCUCAGUUUCUCACAGAUGCUUCACAAACUACAUCAGCAAAUCCCAUGUCCAUCCUGAGGAAAACUUUAUGGGUCGCCAUAGCUUGUGGCAACACCUGGACUCUUAGUCCGUGAAUGUUGUUCGAUUUUAACAGGAAAAAUAUUGAAAAUUUGAAUUUUUAUGAGUAAUUAUUUGGCAUCAAAUCCAUUAAAAGGUGUGUCGUGUCACCUGAAUCUUGGAAUGUUACGAUUAAGCUUAACUUUUCAAGUACUUUCGUAAUUUGCUCUAUUAGUUCUUCAAUAAACGCUCGUUCGUCAAUCAAGUUUUUUAAUGACUUUAUAGUUAGGUCGUUCCUGCAUUUUGGAUAAUCAGUCUCAUUUUAGACAGGGGUGCUACUGAUCAGCAUUUUUAUUAGGCUUGCCCAGCUGGUUAUACCUCUAGGGAAGUGGUUGCAGCUACUUUUGUAGUGAACUCUAUUGCUUCUUUAAUAAAUGCUCAUUCUUCGAUCAAGCUUUUAAUGACUUUAUGGUUAGGUCGUUCCUGCAUUUUGGAUAUUCCGUCUCAUUUUAGACAAGGGUGCUACUGAUCAGCAUUCAUGAGGCUUGCGUGGCUAGUUACAGCUCUCAGGAAUCAGUUGCAGCUACAUCUACGUUGCUACCUUAACUGAAUUUCCGUUUAGCUUGUUAUUCACUUUGCAGUUUUUGUACCACACCUGGUGCAUUUUUUGUGGGUCUUGAUAUAAAACUCUGUGGCGACGCUGUCUUGUUUAGGUGCUCACAUUAUGCUUCUUCAAGUCUAAACAUGUCUUUCCAUGUAUGUAUUCAUGUUAAUUUCAGGUUAUUUGCGUCUCUGGAUGAAAUUACCGUCUGUACUGUCCCCGCUGCACUUUACCUUGUUAAGAAUUUGCUGCAGGUAUACCUAUCAGUAGUUUUGACUUGUUAGAUCCUAGUCACCUUAUUGGAACUGAUGGGCAGCUUCAUCUACAUGUUUCCAGUACUAUAUCUUUGCCUACGUGGAUGCACCGUCUUACCAGAUAUUGAAGAACUUCAAUAUUGUUAGCACUGGUGUGCUAUAUCGUAUCAUUCUAAAGAGAAAGUGAGUUAUUUCAAUAAAAGUUAGCAUGCCUCUUUCUUGCUGCACUUAUUUUUUUUGAUAAUCUUGUGAAAAGAGACUUCAGUGUGGCAUUCCCUUUCAGCAGGCAUGUUGUCGUCUAAAUCUGACACAAACCAUACAAGGAUAAACAGUUGGGAAAAAUCUCUUCUAAUAUCAAAUCAUAGAACGAUUGCUAGUUAUAUAGAAUUACCCUGGCCACAAUAAAAGGGAACUACCUGGGUUAAGGAAACCGAACAUAAAGGAAACUAACAAACUAGGAAACUGAUCAACAGAAACUAACUCCUAGUUACACGUUUUUCCCACAGAAACAUUACUGAUAUGGGACGCACCAUCCAUAUGACUGAUUUAAGGAAUAUAGAAAUCAGCAAAUGCCAAUUUAAAUGAAGGUUGGCCAACUAAAAAAAUAUCCUUAGUUAGGUCCCUUGCUUUCAACACCAGAAUUAGACUGUAAGAAAAAUGGAAACUUCCUCUGAUUAGGGUGAUUCUUUAUGAUGUGUUAAGGGUGGACUAGAACAGGGGAUAAGGAGGUAGGCUGGUGGGGACUUGGUGGACAGUUAUAACCAGCAAUAGAAGAUGUUUGAUAGCAGAUUAAAUGCGAGGUCCAAAAUAGGAUUGACAGUGAUUAUAACUUAAACACAUGGAUGGAGACUUGCACGUGGUAACCUUGGAGCAAACAGCCCACCAGCUAUGCCCCUCUCGGAGAUGUAGAGAUCUCACACAACCUAAAGGAUGCUAAGGAUAAAACAAGAACGAACUAACUCUCAGCUUCUCGCUUUACGGCCCUGAUUUCUCACCGGGGGUCUUUCAUGACCUGCUUCGAGGAGGCUAGGAGUAAUUUUUUCAUUCAAAAUGUGUUUUUUUGACAUCAAGUUCAGCUUACUAGUUAUAGGAGCAACAUGAGACCUCUGAAGUGACGCUCUUAAAUGUGGCCUAUAGAUAUUAUAACCGUUCCCAUAACUAACGGGCUGGAAUUUCUGUCUUAAAUUUAAUAGAAGUAAGAAAAAUGAUUGGAAUGCACUAGGGCCUUCAAUAGGCUUCAAAUAUUUUUAGAAAUCCCAAAACGGUCAAAGAUAAACUUCGACUUAAUGGCCUACGAAAAUUAGCCAAAGAAAUCCCUAUUUCAUUAUUCACCAGGUUUUCUCAUGGGCUUCCUUCGAGUGUUGACGUUGACUGGUGCAUGGUUGACUCCGAUGUCCUCAUCAAUUACUCAAGUUUACUUGAAGUCCAUACAACAGCGAUCGGUUUCAUCGAUCAGAUUUCUUGUCAGAACCAAUCUCUCACCUGUGGCAAUGAUCUUUCCAGUCAACUGAAGUUGUCCUCAAGACUGGAAAAGUGGCAAAAUUUUACUUUGGGCCAAGUUAUGGCAUUCGACCACAUAGAACUAGGGUUAUCUAGAGGCUUAAUUUUAGGAGGCAGGAGCCUGUCCUGGCCAUCAUGGCAGCCCCUGCUGGGUCUGACAGCACAUGAGACGUAUACUGAUUCAAAUGCUGCCUUGGAGAUGACCGCUGUAUUUGCAGUUGUUUAUCUUCCUGUCUCAGAGACAACUGUAUUUGCAGUUGCUGCUCUGCUGUUCAGUUUCUUGGAGACAACUCUGUAAAACAUUUAUGUGCUGCCAAGGGACUCUUAUCAAACUCCACCACUCGAAAUUGCAGCUAACAAACGUCGUUUCGAACCCCUAAAUCUCCCCGCUUCUUGGAAGCUCUCUUCGUUCAUCCCGCCAGAUCUGUACUUUCCGUUACGAAUUUCAAGGGCAUCCUAUGAAUUUGAGCCUUCAGAGAUAGAUAGGCCAAUCUAUGCCACAGUCGAGAACUUGUCAACCUGCUUGCUGGACACGCAGUUUUCCUCUAUCUAGCAGUAACAGGUUGUGAAUGGGAACAUACUGUUGGUGCGGCCUCACCGGUCUCUUGGGGAAUUGGUUAGACGUCCCUGGACCCAUCUGGGUUUUUUAUUGUUUAUUUUGGAUCGGUAGUUGUGGGUAUUGUUCUAGGCUUUGGGUCUAGACAUACCCUGGACACCACGGCAUAGCCUGAACACUGAAUGAAUUAUUUUAGAUGGAUCUGUUUCAGAAGACAACGUUUGCAUAGAUGCCUGGAUUUUUUAUUAUCAUAAUUUUGCUAUGGUGAGUUUUGCUUGCUGUGGGGUUGGUUCUAUAUUGAAUCUGGUUGUAGUUUAUGAAUUGCUUCGUGCUUUCUUUGAAUAUUUAAGUGGAUUUGAGCUUGCCUAAACCUUGAAACGGAAAUUUGCAUCUCUAGGACCAGGGUUUUUUUAUGCUAUCAUCACUAAAUGUUCAGCAAGUUCCUGGGGUGAUUUUUGAAUUGCGCCCCUGCUGAUGAGAGUCUGUUAGGACCCUGAAGCUGGACAGGAGAGGACAGCGGAAAGAUGGAAAUAGAGAAGGAGAAAUCGAAGAGUAAUAGUAGGCAUUGUAGGGGUGGGCCCCGAAGAACCCUAGAGUUGUUGGGGACGCUCGAGAGGUCCCCUGCUCUCCCUCGACCGCAGCUGCCCUCAAAUACUUUCCCCGUACUCCCUCUGUUACUCCUUUGCGACCUUAGUAGCCCCGAGCCCCUUGCAUCAUAAGUCUCAUUUACCCUUCACUCUAAUGACUCCCGCUUCCACUGUUGUUAGGGUUCUUUGGUCUUCUGCUGUCGGGGUGGGCCGGACUGAUGGGCCCCUUCUCCUGUGCCUGGAGUAGAUUAGGCCCACUGGGGGCCUAACAGAGUCCCAAAGAAGGAAUUAAAUGAUGAUUAAUUUUUUAACAAUUCAGGAGGAAUUUACCUUUCGACGAUCUACAAUUGAAGCUAUUAAAGCUUGAAGAAAAAAAGAUGAAGACGACUAGGGUUGAAACACUCCCAGUAUUCAGGACAUGGGUAUAGACUGCCGCAAUUAAAUGAUUUUUUGUCAACAAUUUGGAAAUAAAAUCCGUUUUGCUCAAUCUGUCUGGUAAUUUGACCAGGAAAGUGAGGGAUAUUGAUCUUUUCUGUUGUUAUUCUAGUCCUAGUCAAUGUUAUAGUCAGUAAUGGUGAUUUACUACGGCACUGAAUCUUGGCUUCCGUUGUCAUGAGACCACACUUCAUGUGCUCACUGAUUACAGGCUAAGCGAGGUUCAGUGGGCAGCGUUUAUCCUUCUAUGUGCAGGGUGCACAACUGCUCAACUUAAUUCUUCGUAAGUAGUUCUUCGUUUCUUACAGCUUUCUACAGCUUUCUGAUGUUCGUUUUUCAUAAUUCAUCCUAGUAUGAACAGAAAAAAAUCUACCAGAGGUAUACUUAACCAGAUUAGCUGUGUGAAAAUCAUCCAAGGAUGAAAAUAAGUUAGAAUCAUGUGGGAUUUUCGAAUAGCUCAGCGGGACCAGUCUGCUGCUCGUUUUUAAGCAGAAGCUCUUCUUACUUGGUGCAGUUCUGAUCGUGUCCUUCAAACUCCUCUCCAAGGUUGGAUGAUGGCCAUUGUGAGCUCCAGGACCCAAGAAAUGAAUACUUGUUCCACUACUCUUUUCUUGCUCAUGUCUUUGCUCAGUGGGAGAUGAACCGUUGCCAUUUUAUACAGGUCAUGGCGCUCCUGAGUGGCUUUGCCGGCGUCUACACGGAGGUGGGGGGACCCUCUGAACGCCAUUCAUGAAUAUUGCUGUUUUCGUCUUUUGAUUUUCUCUGAUGGAUCAGAAUCUGCGUUUGGUUUAACAGGCUAUCAUGAAGAAGCGGCCUUCCAGAAACAUCAACGUUCAGAACUUUUGGCUGUACGUUUUCGGCAUGAUCUUCAACGUGAUUGCGAUUUUCGUCCAGGAUUUUGAUGCCGUCAUGAACAAGUAAGCUCGGAUAUGGCAUAUAUAAAUAUAUAUAUUCCUGGCCUUUCAUGGGCCUGACAAGUGAUGCUUUAUGCAUUCAGGGGCUUCUUCUUCGGCUAUUCAUUGAUAACGACCUUGAUGAUUCUCAAUCAUGCCCUGAGGUAACAUGCCCAAACCAUCAUCAGCAAGUGAUGUUAUUCGGGGUUCGUCUCUCACAAUUCGUCUAAUCUUUUCAGUGGGAUCGCCGUGUCAUUUGUUAUGAAAUACGCCGACAACAUCGUGAAGGUGGGGCAUGAUCUUGACCAUCUAAUCCUGGCGUUAUUUUAGUUUUGGAUGAGUUUGAUGGAUCUCAUUCUGAGUUAAUCUCUGCCAACCAACUUGGCUGUACAUCGAUUUGCAGGUGUAUUCUACCUCGGUGGCCAUGCUUCUGACCGCCAUUGUGUCCGUCUUCCUCUUCAGCUUCCAUCUCUCCCUCGCCUUCUUCCUCGGAUCGACGUAAGCAUCUUAUCCCCUCUCUCUCUCUCCCUCUCUCUUAGUAGCUAUUUUUGAUAGAGAGAGAGAGAAAGGCUGUGGACUUCCAGGUGAGCCGAGCUCCAGAAUCGCUUUGCCCGCUGAGACCCAGCCUCUCUUCUUCUCUGACCUAUGAAAUCCAAUGCUCUGAGGCUGCCAGUCUCAGAGAGAGGUGUAGAGAGAGAAAAGGGGUGUUGACUUGCAGGGUGGGCCGCCUCUUUUCUUUUCUAAUCUAUGAAAUUGGAUGCUGUCAGGGUUGUUUCGGUCGCCGUUUAUCUGCACUCGGUUGGGAAGCCGCGAAGAUGA